UGUGUCUUCCCGUUCCCCUCUCCGCCUUGCCCCUCAUCGAGGCAAACGGCCGAUCAGUCCGACCCCAAACCCCACGCGGCGACGCUACCCGCCGCCGCCCCGCCAUGGCCGCCCGCCGCGGCCCCCACGUAAUAAGCCUCCACGACGCCGCCCCGGCGCUCCUCGGCCGCGCGCCGCAGCACCCGUCCGCCUCCGCCCGCGACGAGUCCUCGCCCGGCGUCCUCGCCCUCCACCCGCGCGGCGGCGGGGGAAUCGCCCAGCACCCGGCCGUCGCGGCCCUCGAGGACCGCAUCGUCGACCGGGACCGCGACAUCCAGGAGUUCCUCGUCGACAACCAGCGGUUCGCCGCCACCCACGUCGCGCUCCAGCAGCAGCUCAUCAGCGCGCAGCACGAGCUCCGGGCGGUCUCUUACGCCGGCACCAAGGCCCGCGCCGAGCGCGAGGCCGAGGUCUUCGCCAUCGCAGACCAGGCCGCGCGCAUGGAGGCCGAGGCCCGGAGCGUCGCCGCGGCGCGCGCGGAGGUCGAGCAGGUCCACGCCGACGUGCGGGUGCUCGCUGCGUCGCGCAGCGAACUCAUGGACCGGCUCAAUGCGCUCCGCGAGCAGCUAGGGCGCGCGCAGGCUGAAUCGGCGAAGGCCGAUAACGUCCGCGCGCAGCUUGAGACCAUGCGCCGGGAGAUCCAGAAGGGCAGGGCUGCGGUUGAAUUCGAAAAGAAGGCACACGCUGAUAAUCUUCAGCAAAGUAAAGCAAUGGAGAAAAAUAUGAUUUCUGUGGCUAGUGAGAUUGAGAGACUUCGGGGCGAGCUUGUAAAUGCUCAAAAGCGGGUCACUGCUGUCACCACAGCAGCAGCAGCUGUAUCUAACCCUGGGUAUGCUGCACCAUAUGGCAGUUCUGAGGCAGCAUAUGCAGCAUCCUAUGGCAAUCCUGAGGCAGCAUACGCUGCAACAUAUGGCAAUGCUGAGGCAACAUAUGCCGCAGCAUAUGUCAAUGCUGAUGCUUAUAAUACUAAUCAGGCCCAAACUCGCCCCGAUGGCAAUCCUCGUUACAUGGCUCCACCGGUGCACUAUGCUCAGUAUGAGGGUCAGCAGCACAACACCGUGCAAAGAUGAGGGCCGACGCAGAGUAUUUUUUACCCUGGGUGCUGGCUAUCUUAGGCUUUGUCAGUGGGAACAGAUAGAUAGAGGAUGCACCAAUGUAAGGUUGAUGUUGGAAUUCAUCGCACGGGAUUGUUAGGGAUCCUGUUAUUGAUGUCAGAUUCGUUAAUCCGCUCUGAAAUGUACAAGUUGAUAGUUUAAAGUUAAAUCUUUGUGCAAAUUAUGAAUUGCCAGCUUGACAAUCGAUAAGUUAGUUGCCUCGAGAAAUGAAAUUGCGUGUAUCUUUCCAGGGAUGCUAAUGAUUCGCAAAUGAAGUGGUGAGGUCGUUUGUACAUGUAAUGGUGGAUAAUCUCAGCAAUUUGCAAUUUGUGAAGUCAA